UGACACUUUGAUUGAGGUGACGUGAUCAGUCAGGUAUUUUUACUUAAAGUUCUUCUGAGGUCUCACUCGACUUAAAAAAAUAAAUAAUAUUAUUUAAGUCGGAGAUUAUAACACAAAAAAGGAUAGCAAAACGGCACAGAGUACCCGAAAUGGAUACAAAAAAUGUUAGAAUGAAGAAAAAGCCGUGCAAAAUUGAAGAAAUGACUAAAGAGCAAAUACGUGAAGCGAUUGUCAAGAAACGAGUAUGCAACGCGAAAGCGCAAACCAUUGUUGAAAGCCUGUUAGAGAAGGUCGUAUCUGAAUCAUAUUUCUUACAAUGCUUGCCAGACAUCAAUCAGAGCCACUUCGAAGAUGUUAUAGAAGAGAGGGCUAUCAUCCACCUGUGCGGUUACCCGUUAUGUCAAACUGCACUUUCAGAAAAAGACAUCCCAAAACAGAAGUACCGAAUAUCAAUGAAAACUAACAAGGUUUAUGAUAUCACAGCUCGGAAAAGUUUUUGCAGCAACAGUUGUUACAGAGCGGCGACAUUUGUGAAAAAACAGAUGUUAACAAGCCCCUUGUGGUUUAGGGAAUAUGAAGAGAUACCUGCCUUCCAUCUGCUUCCUUCUGAUACAGUGGGCAGCUUGGGCCUAGAAGUGGAUGUAUCAAUUAUAGAGAAAAUUGAAGUAAAAUCUGAUAAGUCUCAAUUUUCUUCAAUCAAUGAUUUUGCUACUGCCAGCCUCAAUGAAAUGACUGAUACUGGCAAUGAAUUAACUAAUAUUGAAGCUAAAGAAAUUGUGAAAAAUGUUAAUGAUUGUGAAAAUAAUAACAGUAGUUCUAGUUCUGUAAAGCAUAAUCAAAGUUUAAACAUUAAUUCUGUUGAAUCUCAACAAGAUACUCAAAGUAAUGUUAGCAAUCAGAGUAAUAAAGAGUUCACAAAGAGAGUUCAACGCAAACAUAACCCACUAAAUAUAGUUGGCGACAUUAUAGAAAAGCCAGAGAAAAAAAUUGACCCAAUAUUGGCUCAAAAGCCAGAUAACAUCCCUAAAGCCCAAAGCAAACCAAAAAAUGUAAUUAAAAAGUGUCAACCGGCUGUCACCGUGUUAACGAUUGAAGUAGAAAAGUGCCUUGCCGAAUGGUUCACUUUAGACACAAUGCUUCUAUUGUUUGGAGAAAAGAGAGUCAGAGAAAUGGUGAUUGACAAAGGAGAGUGCAUUAAAGAGUAUUUAAAUAAUUACGCUAACAGCAUAGCAUACAAUGCAAACACUUAUGACCAAUACCAAGCUCUAUGCAGGAAGCUGAACAUGCUGGAAUUAGAAGAUAGACAAUUUGAUGCUCAGACUUUACAAAGAGAAAUGAAACCACUUCCGGACUAUUCCAUGUUGCAAGAGGAGAGUAAGAAAAUGCAGUUGAAAGUGAGAGCGUACUUUGCUGGGGAAACGACUAUUCCUGAUGUGAGCCAAGAAGAACAGGAUACGACUCCUGCUGAAGAAGAAAGUGGACCUAGGCAUUUGCCACUUGUUGAUAAAAAUGCUCAAAAUGCAUUGAGGAGAAGGAUUGUAUGUGAACAUUUGAAUAAAGUGCUGCCUGACUUGUUAAGAUCUCUCGGCUUGUUAAGUCUCACACUAAGUUCUGAUAUACGACUCAUUGUAAAUACAUUCAAAUUGAAACCCAAUAAUAUUAUGUUCAAGCCAAUACAAUGGACUUUAAUAGCCAUCAUCAUUCUAAAGUUGUUGUCGCUGAGAAAUGCACAUCUGUCUCAUUUGAUGGAGCAACCUAAGGCAUACCAACAUUUGCAGCUAUUGCUUCUUAGUUAUAAACAAGAUGGAGGAUACUUAGAAAGACUAAUUUCCUGGCUGACUGAUAUUGAUAGGCUACUUAAUACAAAUGAUAUACAAUUAACUUUGGAAUGAGUUUAAUUGUGAACCCUGAGAGAGGGAAGGAUUUAUUUUGUAAAUAUUGUUAUAUUAAAUUAUUAAAUCAAAUGAUAUUUUUAUAUGCUUCAUCUUCAUCAUUCACCUCAUUGUUAUUAAUCCACCUCAAAGAGUUGGAAAAAAAAAGUCUGAAUGUUAUACUAUACAUGGUAAAUCCUCCAUGGGAGACUUACAAACCUAUGGUACGUCUGAUUAAG